ACGGAAGUAGACAUUCAAAACAAACCUGCUAGCUAACAAUCUAAAGAGAAAGGGAAAAAAAAUCACCGGAGAUUAUUGUAUGAUUUCUCGUAUGUUAUAAACCAUGGUGUCGAAGUUAAAACCUGGCGAUUAUUUCUGAUCAUGAAUCUAAAAGGGCUUUUCCAGGAUUUUAAUCCCAGCAAAUUCCUCAUCUAUGCCUCCCUUCUGCUGUUCUCCAUCUUGCUGGCUCUGAAGCUGGAUGGAGUUAUUCAGUGGAGUUACUGGGCAGUGUUCACUCCCCUCUGGCUCUGGAAGCUUCUGGUUGUCAUCGGAGCCUCAAUUGGGACUGGGGUGUGGGCGAGUAACCCACGAUACAGAGUAGAGGGUGAGACGCAUGUGGAAUUCAAAGCCAUGUUGAUAGCAGUGACCAUUCACAUUCUGCUGCUGAUGUUUGAAGUCCUGGUGUGUGACAGAGUCGAGAGGGGCUCCUACGUCUGGCUGCUUGUCUUCAUGCCCCUCUUUUUUGCUUCACCGAUGUCGGUGGCUGCUUGCGUGUGGGGGUUCCGCCAUGACCGCUCAUUGGAGUUGGAGAUCAUGUGCUCGGUCAACAUUCUUCAGUUUAUUUUUAUUGCCUUGCGUUUGGACAAAAUCAUCGCCUGGGACUGGUUGGUGGUGUGUGUGCCACUGUGGAUCCUCAUGUCGUUCCUGUGUCUGGUCGUGCUCUACUAUAUCAUUUGGUCCAUGCUCUUCCUGCGCUCUGUGGACAUCAUCGCAGAGCAGCGUCGCACUUACGUCACCAUGGCUGUGAGCUGGAUAACCAUCGUGGUGCCACUUCUGAUCUUCGAGAUCUUGCUGGUUUAUAAACUGGACGGACAUAACAAAUUGAGUUAUGUGUCUCUCUUUGUGCCUUUAUGGCUCUCAUUGGUCACUCUCAUGGCCAGCACUUUUGGGCAGAAAGGCGGGAAUCACUGGUGGUUCGGCAUCCGCAAAGACUUCUGCCUUUUCCUUCUGGAGCUCUUCCCCCUCCUACGAGAGUACGGCAACAUCUCCUACAACCUCCAGCAUGACGAUUCUGACACUUAUGAAGAGACACGUGCUGUGCCUGAGCCUUUAAAAGUCGCCCCCAUGUUCUUCCACAAGGAGUAGAGAUCAUGCCAUUCCCUGAGAAAUAUUUCGACCCGCCCCCUAAACUGUCUUUAGACAUACCUGACUGAAGGUAACUGCAGUCUGUGUACAAGAACUAUACAGCGUUCCAGGAAGAGGCCAGGAACCAAUACUUACUUUGUUCCUUUGUCUUCUUCUUUUUUUUUUUUUUUUCUUUCUUCCAAAACACAAUUCAGGUAUACUUGAUAUUGUUAAGAAUAAUGUGGGAAAUGAUAAAAGAGCUGGUAUCAAUAGUGGAGUCGUCGAUCGGAAAAUGCCGAUUUGGCUGCGUAUUGGGAAUUUUAGUAUAGCUUGUAGUAAAUUAUAAUAUUACAUUAAAGCACUUUUCUUUUGUCCAAAUUAAAAUUCUCAGGCUUUUUUUUUUUUUUUCUUUCAAAUAGAAAACUACUAAAUCCUUGUCUUCAGCACAGGUUUGCUGAUCGAGAGCCUAGAGCUUGUAUUGUAUUUUUUUCCUGUAUUUCUUCACUGAUUUCUGUAUUUAGCAUAUUUUUUAAAGAAAUGGUUGGAGAUUUUAUACACUGAAUUACAUUUCCGUAAGAGUGCAUUGUGAUUUAUUGUGAAAAAUGACAAUGGGCUUCUUUUCCGUAACCGGUGAAAAAUUGUUCAUGUAAAUAUUCAAGUUCUUGCUUUUAACAUUUUUGUGGUCAGCUGUAGUGUUAAAAUGAGUCUGAUUUGAGACAAAUGAACAGUGUUUCAUGAUUGUGCAAAUAAUUCAAGCAACAGCCGUAAAGCUCUUGAAAUGUAUGGCUGAUAUUUGUACUCUGCUCUGAUUUGUCUGACGGCUAUAAAAACCGAAACCCCAAAAACUGCAGGAGAUACAAGACAAAGACAGACUGAGCCUCAUCUUAACCCUGCUAAUGUCUUAUUCCUGGACCAACCCUGAAUCUAUUCUGUUUGUUCUACUGAACAUUAAACAUUUGAAAGCUU